AUGGCAACACUUGUGUAAGUUGCGUGCUUGUAUGGUUAAGCCUCGGUACGGAAUUAUUUACUGGCACUCUCAUGCGGAAAACUUCAUUCUUGUUAUGCUUUUCUGUAUAUGUUACUUGACUAUCAUAAGAUAACUAUAUGUACAAUUCUAGAGUUUGGGAUUUUAUGUUUGCCAGCAACAACUAGCAGUUUUGUAUCAUCUCAAGAUGUUGGUGGGUAUAACUGAUUAUGUUGCAUGUUUCUCAUGCCCUUGUAAACAGGCUCUUCACUACAGUCCGGGAUUCUUUAGGAUUAACAUAUGAUGUAUCCUUUGAUCUAAGCCAGUUUGAUAAGUUGAAACUCAGGUGGUAUGUGGUCUCAGUAACUUCAACUCCUGGCAAGGUCUAUAAAGUUGUUGUGUUGAUGCAUGUAAGAAUAUUUUGAGAGGUUUACAUGACAGCAAGAUUGCCCAAAGGGAGCUGGAUCGACGAUCAUAAUGGCCGUCACAAUCACAGAGAUUUUGAAGAAAAAGGGCUGGCUAUUGAGAAGAGGAUUUUGAUGUCUACAGUUGACAUGAAGGAUGAAUCCAAGGGCCGUCUCAUUCCAAAAGCGAAGAUUGAGGUAUUGCUGGGGAAGACUGAGAAAUUCGAUGAUCUGAUUGUUGCCGUUGCUGCCAAAGGGAGGCAGUUGGAGACAAUAAAGCAUGAUGGCAAACCAUAGCUCUAGAGUUCCAUCAUAUUCUGAUUUUCAUUUCUUUUUUCCUCCUGGUGUCCCGUUUAAGUGAUAGAGGUUAUGAAAUUUUCAAGUAGAGCUGAUGUUGUCAUUAAUUGAAAAGAGCAGAGUUGAGAGAGGCCUUUUUUCUUUUCUCCUUUUAUGGGAGUUGUUGAUGAUACAGACAAUCUGUUGUUUGGUGGUCAGACUGCUGUUGUAUUAUUUGAGUCUUGUUUCAGCAUCUUCCUUUGACUGAUGCUAACUGAUUAACAACAAACAGUAAAAGCUUUAGUGAUCUUCCAUCUUUGUUGUUUCCAAAGGAUAUGGGGCAGACAUUGCCUUAACUGGUAUUGUCCAUAAUCUGAAAGUAGAUCCUUCUUCUGAA